AAAUGAAUGAUUUGCUGCUCUGGUUGUAGACAGCGGCCGGUUGGUAUGUGUUUAGCGGCAAACUGAAGCUACGGCGUUAACGGAUAACAGAGGAAAAGAUUAAAGAAAAAUUCAGAUCUACACACAAAAAACAAACCGGAUUAAGAACCAGCUUCCAGCAAUGCAAUUGACUUUGUGCGAGUCCACCACCACGACGGAAGCAGGGGUGAUGGAGCCUCCCAGAGCAGCCGGCUUCCUGGAGUCAUCUUGUGUUACGGGGGACAGCGCAGCUUCGCUUGAUGACGGCAUUGUGGACACAGCAAAUGAGUCUUCAGAGGAAGAGUCCACAGGGGAAAGGGAAGAGGAGGCUGGCGCCCAGGAUGCAGCCACCUGCAGCAGCAGCACCAAGACUAGAGAGUACCCUGCUGAGAACAGCUCAAACACACACACAGUGAGCGCCCAGCGCCCAGACUCCCUGUCGGUGCCAGCGGCAGCAGAGCCCCUUCUGUGGACGACGCAGUGCGAUGGAGAGGUGAAACUGAGGUUGGAGGACUCUGGUCUGGCUGCCGAACCCCCUUUGACAGUGAACCAGAUGUUCACGUCAGCUGUGGAGCGCUUUGGUGAUUAUACAGCUUUGUGCUGGAAGGACGGCGACCAGCAGAAAAGCCUGAAAUACAAAGAAUACUACCAGAUGUGCCGCAAUGCUGCCAAAAGCUUCCUGAAGCUCGGACUGGAACGCUACCACGGCGUCGGGAUCCUGGGCUUCAACUCCACCGAGUGGUUCGUCGCUGACAUCGGAGCCAUUUUGGCAGGUGGGUUCGCUGUGGGCAUCUACACCACCAACUCUCCUGAAGCCUGCCAGUAUGUAGCAGAAAACAGCAAGGCUAAUAUCAUUGUGGUGGAGAACCACAAACAGCUGCAGAAAAUCCUUCAGAUUGAAGGCAACCUGCCACACUUGAAAGCUAUCAUCCAGUACAAAGAUGCGCUAAAAGAGAAGAGGCCAAAUCUGUACACGUGGGCCGAGUUCUUGGAGCUUGGACGCGAUGAGCCUGACGCUCCUCUCGAUGCGGUCAUCGCCAGCCAGAAGCCCAACCAAUGCUGCUCCCUCAUUUACACCUCAGGAACCACAGGCCAGCCCAAAGGAGUCAUGCUCAGCCAUGACAACUUAACUUGGACCGCCUACUCUACCGGCAAGCAUGUGAAUCUCACAGAGGCCACCCAGUCUCAGGAGGUGGUGGUCAGCUACCUGCCUCUGAGCCACAUUGCAGCUCAGAUGGUCGACAUCUGGAUCACCAUGAAGAUCGGAGCGAUGACUUACUUCGCUCAGCCAGAUGCCCUCAAGGGUUCGCUGGUAGAGACCUUGAAGGAAGCACGUCCAACAGCCUUCAUGGGUGUCCCACGUGUCUGGGAGAAGAUGCAGGAGAAGAUGAAAGCUGUUGGAGCAAAGUCUUCUGCCGUGCGCAGGAAAGUGGCUGCCUGGGCCAAAGAUGUGGGUCUGCGCACCAAUCUGAGCAAGAUGAACCAAAAUGCAACACCAGGGGGCACUUCUGUCAGCUAUCAAAUAGCCAAACAGCUUGUGUUCAAGAAGGUGCGUAAGGCGCUGGGCCUGGACCGCUGCACCAAGUGUUACACAGGCGCCGCCCCCAUCACCAAAGAUACUCUAGAGUUCUUCCUCAGCCUCAAUAUUACUCUCUUUGAACUGUACGGCAUGAGUGAGAGCAGCGGCCCUCACACCAUCUCCCGCCGCGAUGCCUUCAAGCUCACCAGUUGUGGCGUAGAGAUCCCAGGGUGCAAAACAAAGCUGCACAACAAAGACGAGGAGGGAAAUGGUGAGAUCUGCUUUUGGGGUCGUCACGUCUUCAUGGGUUACCUCAAUAUGCCCGACAAGACGGCGGAGGCUCUGGAUGCAGAGGGCUGGCUGCACUCAGGUGACCUGGGCAAACAAGAUGAGAAUGGAUUACUCUUCAUCACUGGACGGAUUAAAGAGCUGAUCAUCACAGCAGGAGGUGAGAACAUUCCUCCCGUCCCUAUAGAGGAUGAGGUGAAGGAGGCCGUGCCGCUGAUUAGCAACGCCAUGCUGAUUGGCGACAAGAGGAAGUUUCUGUCUAUGCUGCUCACAAUCAAGUGCCAAGUGAACCUUGACACGGGCGAUCCAGAGGACGAGCUGACACCGGAAGCUUUGGAGUUGUGCAAGCAGCUGGGCAGCAAGGCCACACGGGUGUCUGAGAUCGCAGGCGGCCGAGACCCCGCAGUCCAAGCCGCCAUCCAGGAGGGAAUCAACAGAGUCAACGAGAAGGCCACUUCCAACGCUCAGCGUAUUCAGAAGUGGGUCGUUCUGGAUCGGGACUUCUCUGUUGCCGGAGGAGAGCUGGGCCCCACCAUGAAGCUGAAGCGGCCAAUGGUGGUAAAGAUGUACAAGGAGCAGAUUGAUAACUUUUAUAAGGACCUGGCAUCUCCAGCAACCCCAGACAACCCGCUGCCACCCAAAUAGACCUGCUGCACCUGCUGGGAGAUCAGGACCGACUGCAUGAGCGUGCAGAUACACCCCCUCCACAUCAUUCCCGCCUCUCCCUGCUGCUGUGUUCCAACUGUAUACAUGUUUUUUUUUUUUUUUUACUGCCUUAAGUAGUGCUCAGUGUCUCGUUGUACAGAACAGAUUGCCAAAUGGAAGAAACGAGAGGUUAAAUUCAGCUAUUUAUUUGUAUUUUCUGAAAGAACCGUAAUGACGUAGCAGCAGCUUUAUGUAAGGAGUUGUGUAGUGGACUGUAAUACUUGACACGCAGAGACAGAGACUCUCUCUCUCAAAAAAAAAAAAGCAAGUUACUGGAAUGUUUUAAAGGAAUCGUUUGUAUUUGUUUUUGGUUUACCAAAGUUUAUGUUUGCCAAAUGAGCAUCAGAUGAACUGAAAUUCCAUAAUCACGAGCUGCUUUCUGGCAUUUCCACGUCUUUGGUGUUUCUCUCGCCUUUGAUUUUAUUUUUGUUUGUGUUCUAAAUGUUAAAAGGGUUCUGCGGUUGAAUUUAAGCUAUCUUUCUCACCAUGUCAUUAAGCCAUAUCUAUUGCUUUUUGGUAUAUGUCAGGUAUUUUGAUUUGUGCUGACUCAUUUUUGUGUAAUAUUGUAAAUAUGUUUUACCUCCUUGUUUCUUUUGGCUUUCAUUUUUUUUUUUUCCCCAGCCAUUGCAAUAUGUCAGAAAUCAGUUUUUGCACUCACUUGGGAACGAAGUAAAAUUGUACAUAAGUUAUAGGGCUAUAUGUCAGUUUAUGGCAAAUGUAUCAGCUGCUUACAGCUCGUUCUUGCUGGCCUGUUGCCGCGUCCAUAAGUAUCAUGUAAAUGUUGAGGUUUUAAGAUGACACAUUAAUGUCCUUCUUAACGAUGUCACACAAAUUGGUGAGCUGUAAAAUUGUAAGCUGUUCUUGCACUCCAGACAGGUGAUCUUUGUACAUCUUGUAAUAAUAGUAUAUAGCAGGUGUUUGAGAUGCACUCCCAAUGGAGGCAAACUGAAGGUUGGUUUGCUCGUUAUGGUUCAUUCACAUUAAGUUUUUGUGCGUUUUGUUUUGUUUGAAGGAUAAAUAAGGAAAUGACGGUGAUUCAGAGGGUCAGGGUGAGUGAGUCUGAGCUGAUGGAACACAUCAAAUGGCCUUUUUAGUUUAGUUAUCUCAAAAAGUGCAAUACACCAAAUGUCAAUGUACUUGCAUUAUGAGAAUCUUAGCAGCAAAUGGCUCAGUGAGCGCUCACAAGACCCCUGACAGAAAACUGGAUUUACCUGAACCUAAGAGCUGUUUAAUCUCAAAUAUAUCAGGGUUAAAAGAAAAUAUGUUCAGUGCAGCAGGAGAAGAGUGAAGCAGGCCUGUUUGUACCUAUGAAAAUGUGAAUAUUUGUCAGACCAAAUAUGGAAUAAAAAUUCAUUACACACUU